AUGUCAUCAGGAAAGGAGGCAGACCUGCAGCAGCAGAUUAGCGACCUGCGCACCAAACUGGCCGGUGCAAUUGGAGACAUUGUGCAGAGUCUUAUGGACCAGUUUGGCGCCCGCUUCCACUCUGUUCACUCCGACCCGGUGCCCGGGGCUCAGAGGCAGCCUGGCGCUACGCUCGAAGGCAGCGCUGGACUACCAGAAUUUAUGACACUCGAGGGCAGAGAUGCAACUCUGAAGCAGUUCAUCUACUGGGUAUCAGACGUGAAAACAGCGAAGCUUGAGAGGGAGUAUGGUCUGGACUCCACAACCGCAUCUGCUUUGCGGCUGCUGUAUGCGGCCCUAACACCGCUCAACCCCAGCGCUGCUCGUCUCAACUAUGAGCAGUAUUUGGCAGACAUGGACGACAAUGUGCGGCAGCAGUUGAUGGUCCUGCAUGUGCUGGACUUUGUGAGGCAGGCAUCUUCCUUGCCAAAAGAGGUACCUCUGCUCAUCGUGCCGAUGAUUGAUGAGGGCAAUGCUGCCGAAGGCACAAUUCAGCCGCGGUCAAACCCGGAGAUCACCUGGUUGUUAGAAUUUAUCAGUGAAAUCAUUGAAGAGAUGAACAAGCGUGAGGAAGGCGUUCCUGCGGCACUGGUGCUGCCGCUGACUGCUUCUACCCACUACACAACAGUGAACAUGACGCGCCUCGGGCAGUUCUCUCUCACAGGCCAGUCCCUGGCGGUGCAGUUAGUUAUGCCGGUGCUGUCCACCACGCAGCGCAUAUCCGUGGUGCAGACUCUCGCUGCACGGGUCGCGGCUUUCAAUGAGCGCCCGGAGCCAGAGGCCCUCUCAGAGCCCAUGAAGGAUGCUUUGGACAUGGUCGGGGGAUCUCCGCGGCUGGUGUCAUUCCUUAUGGAGACGAUUGGAGGACUAGAUUGGAAGAAAGGUUUUGACCAGGUGGUCGCCGGUGUGACAGCUGCAGAUGUGCCGCAAAUCCUGAUCAAAGUCAGAAACAGGGCUCACCAGGAAGUAUUCUGGUCACGCUUCUUGGGCGAGGGCGACCCAGCCUCCAAGAAGGCUCUUCUUCGGAUGGUUGUGGCGCAUAUGCUGACAGACACGCCAUUGCGGCGCGAGCAUCGCCUGAUGGGACCCAGCUUGGCUGGCCCAACUGUCGGUGAUAUGGAGGCAACGGGGCUGGUGCAUUGUGAGGUGCAGGGGGUGGAUUUACUAUCAAAGUCUACCAGCAACCAAAGGAGAGCUGGGAUGAGCGUUGAGAGCGCACCCAGCGGCAACAGCAGCAGGGCCUCUGCACCAACGUCGCUUCCCAGCAAAGCACCGUCAGGCACCAGCAGUGAGCCCUCCACACCAGGGGGGAUGCUGUCGCUCGCAGAGAUGACAAAAACGGUCAGCAGAGGGGCGACAGGAAUCACCGUGGAGGUGGAGCCUAGCAAGGCUGACUCGCCCAGCAAAGCAGCUUUGCUUGACGAUGAUGUCAGCUGUGCUUCACCAUCGUCGUCACCUGGCUCUGAGAUUGUGCGGCUGUCAGCGUCGCCAAUUGCUGUGCAGUACAUGAUGCGCGAGUUGAACCUCAUGCAAGACAAGGAGCUCUCAGUGUUCAGCCUGCUUGCGGACCGCGAAUCGGCAAUGGACAAAGAGGUGGUGGACGCGCAGAUGCUUGCGAUCAAGCUUGAAGCCCAUGCGGUCAAGGGCGCAGCCACCGUCAGCCUGCAGGAGCUCUUCACAGGGCUGAAGGUGCCCGCGGAGCAUGCCACAAAGCGAUUCCUGCUGCCUCGCGGGCACCUGACAGUUGCCCAGGAUGGCCAGCGCCAAGCGCACCGCCUCAGCCUCCCACAGAUCAGGGAGAAGGUCGAGAGCUGCCGCAAGGCGAUUGUGCAGAGCAGAGACAGCACGGCUGCGAAGGACUGGCAGGACAAUAUUGUCAUCGGCUUCAUCGGCGUGGGAAACUACGCAAACGACAGCAUGGUCGUCUUGGUCGAUGAGCAGGGGAGCGCAUGGACUGUGGUAAUGCAGAGCAAGCAGACUACAGCCGCAACGCCAGUGACAGUAAAGACGAUCCUGUGCAACCUGGAGGCAGAUCUGCAGGCCAUUUUUCAGCUGCCCGUCUUGACGCCAGAAUGGGCCAGCUGGCAUCGGUCGGGACGAGAUACUCCCCUCCCCACGGGGCCGUGCCAGCAGCUGUCAGGAAGCGUUGGUCCGCCGCAUCCAGAUGCCGCCAGCGAGCAGCUGCUGCCAGCCGAACGACUGCUGUAUAUCUUUGUGUCAGAUGGCAGCUUCUCCGACAAGCAAGACAAGAUCUCCAGCAAUGUGUUGGCGGCGAGGCAUCCGUGGCUCAAGUGGGCGAUCCUGGUGGCGUAUAAGGACGUGCAGGCGUUCUAUACCAGGAUUGGCGCGUUUAAGAGGGAGACAAUGCGCAGAGCGGUUAUCAGCAAGUUAGCCUGA